UGGCUGGGGCUUGAGUAUCAAUGUUCCCGCGACGAUCCAAAAGAGACUCCUCAAAUUUCUACUUAAAAGGGCAUUAGGUCAAUUCCUCGCUGAAGAACUUGACCUUGAUAAUCUUGAAGUUCAAUUAGGAAAUGGUCUGAUUCAUUUAAAAGAGCUACAACUCAAUGUAGAGGUUUUAAAUGAUCUCGUCGCUGAUUUACCAGUGCCCAGAAACGCAAAAGCUUCUCCUGAAGACUCUCACAUACUUUCUUCUUCUAUUCAUUUUGCGGGUGAUUUCCUUCGUCAUGAAAUACCUCCUGAUGAAGACGAAGAACUUCGUAACUCUAUUUCUCAAUCAGUUCACGGGAGUAUUGUAUUUCAACAGGAUGGUAAUGAUCUAGGUGGGGGCUUGGACCAGUCAGAAACUUUUGGUCAACAAACUCCUGUACAGGGAGACACUGGUAUUGAGGGCAUCCAGAUUUUAGCAAGAUUGAUUGAUAAGCUCAUGUCGAAUGUAAAAAUAGUUUUUAAGGAUACUUGUAUUCGACUAGCUCCUAAUAAGAACUUAAAUAAUGUUGAGUGUUCGAAAGAAUAUAAUCUUGAUUUAGAGAUACCAAUUAUUUCAUUUCGAGAUGAAACUCCUGGGUUAGAAGAUGAAUCAACUCAAUCAAACACUUCUGGUUCUGCAAGUGUAACGCUACCACCUGCGCUUUCUGAAACUGUAAAGUCAGUUACUAUUUCUGGGCUAAGUGUUUGGAUCAGAGAAGCGUUGCCUGAAUUAGAUCCAACCAAUAGUCAACCAAAUUUAGAUGAAAAUGUUUUUGAAUCAUCAAAUAGAACAAAAGACUAUACAAAUCUUCUAAACGAUGAACUAUUUCCUCAGAAAGCUUAUGAAGCAAUGAUUCUUUCAUGUCCCGAAGAGGAGAAUUGGAUUAAAGUUACAAUACGUCCGGAUGUCGUUCCAGCAAUUCAGAUUGAUCUUAGUAAUCCUUCGUCUUCGUAUCAUUACACACAAGAAGCUAUACAACAAGCCAAUAGUACACAAUCUUUCAUUAUCGAGGGAUCAAUUAAAUCGGUAAUUUCUGUAUUGACACCAAGUCAUGUCGCAUGGAUUACUGAUUUGGCAAAUUUGUUGUCAAGAAGUAAAUCCGUUUCAGAAACAAGCAGCACUGAAAGUGAUGAUGAUUUUAUUCCACAAUUUAAUCCUACAAUAUCUUCUGGUGUAUCCAACAUAAAAUUCCAACAUGAUGAUUUUGUUCCACAACUUAAUCCUACAAUAUCUUCUGGUGUAUCCAACAUAAAAUUCCAACUUGAAGUAUCUUUAAUUGAGUUGUUUUUAUUAUACCACGAUUCAUUACCUAAUUUUGAUAUUGGACGAAAAUUUUUUGACAUUCGAUCUACUGAAUAUUUAAAUAUGGAUCAUCUGAAAAUUAACAUUCGUGGCUUGAAUUGUCAGAUUGAACGUUGGGAUCCAGAUGCAUUAUCAGUGGGUAAGAGGCGGAAUAGUAGUACGUCAAUUGGUGGCCACUCAUCUGGAUUUCAAAGAAGUUCAGAAGUUGAUGACGUCUCAAGUUUUGUAAUGGACAUUGCUAUUUCACAAUUUUCAAUAUCUGAAUGGUUGAAAAAUCCGUUAACCUCAAAUUCCAAACCUAAAUUGGAUACAUUGAAACCUGAAUCUACACUUCCUUCCUUUGACAAAUAUACACCAUUGUUAUACUUUGAUCCGCAUCUUUUGAACUCUUAUGAUACCGAAGAAACAGAUUUUCCUAGUUUUCCUGUAAACAAAAAUACAGAUAAAAGUGUUUUGAAAAAAGCUAACAGAAUAAGUUCUAAAUUUAGUUUCAAUGGGAGCGAUACUUUAAAAGAGGUCAUUAAAAUAAAAUUUAAGAGUGGUGGUGCUUCGGCUGAAGGAUCAUUGUCAAACUCUGUCUUACAUAAUGCCAUUACUUCCAGUAUCAAUGUAGAAUUUGAACCUUUCCAUGUGCACCUUGAUCUAAGAAUAAUUGAUCGAUUAGAAAAUUACAUAAGUAUUCUUUCUAAAAGUGCAAAUGAUACUGGUUCACUUUCUGAAGUGGAAACUACAACAAUGCAUUCUUUCACUGAGCAAUCUUCCAGUCAACAUAUCAUUGAUGACCUUGACACACAAAGAAUGCACGAGCUAAUUCGUAUUUGGCUUCAUUGUCCAGAUAUAAGUAGCAGGAACACACCAAGCGUAGUGGAUGAUUAUAUCAUUCAUUCAAAUUUACUCAUCACAGAUAUAAUUAAUAUAAACAUUUCUACUGUCAAUGCACUUCAAAAUGAUUCACUUUUUUCAUCAAAUUUUGGCAUACAACAACAUAACGAAACAGUUAGAAACAUAGUUGAUCCGCAACAAAAUAGGAUUAAAAUUGAGUGUAAUGGCAUUAAUGUCUUUAUUAAAGAACACAAAGUGCCAGAUGCGAAGUGCUUCCUUGCAGUAAAGGCUGUAAAAGUGCCACCGAUAUAUCAUCGAUCUAUAACACAGGUUGCUACUGUGUUUCCUAAUUGCGAAAUUACAUAUCGUCCUGCUAGCGCAGUAGCAAACAAAAUGUCAUAUAUAGGGAAUGGUAUCCGAUCUUCACCUUUCUCACAAACAUUUACUACAUUUGAGGAAGAACGGACGAAUUGGCCCGUUGAAAACGAAGAAGAAGAAAUUUUAAUGUUUAAACAGAGAACGAUUGAAAGCUCACUUUUUGUCAUCAAUUGUAAUUUUCCUCUUAUACGCGUUCGUCUAAAUAAGUCAAUGUAUGACAAACUUCAAAUUCUGUUAAAUGAUUUAUCAAUUUGGCAACCUAAAAAUAAUGGUCCGGGCAACAAUGAAAUUUCAUCCACACCACCGACACGUACAAAUAUGAUUGGUGGAUACGAUGUGAAAUCCCAUCAAGAUAGAGCAUAUGGCAUGGACUCGCAUGAAUCUGACGAUUCCGAAAUGAAAAGGAGACUUGAGGCCUCUAUGUUAGGGUAUCGUAUGGAUGACACGUUACCUUUAAGGCCAAGUCUCGCAUCAUUGGUCGUUUUUAUAACUAAUGUUGAAGUUACCAUAGUACAUGAGGCAGAGAAAAAAGUCGAUCAAACACAGUCAUUACGUUCGUAUCAGCUUAAUAUGUCAGAUUUUAGGUUCUUCACGGUAGUCAAAUAUGAAGGCAAAAAUGACACGUAUGUAAUCUUGGAUAACGAUCAAUUUACUUUUUGGGAUACAUCCAGCCGUGAAAAAACGCAAAUUUUAUACCGAACAUUAAGCAAGGGUAUUAAGGCAAAGAAUACCCGUCCCAUGAUUUCUUUAAUCGCACUCAUUUCACUUGAUAUUGAUGUGAAUACAAAAGAAACAAAUUUAACACUGUCAAUAAACGGUGUGUCCUUAAUGCAUAAUAAAUGUUCGCAAUGGAUCGAAGAUAUGGUUGCUUUUUUGCAAGAGCCUGAGAUG